AUGGGUGCUGUGAAAAGUAAACUUGCUGAUUGUUGCCCUUCUGAGUGCAUCUGUUGUGGACUUCUGAAGUCAGAUUCAAACGACCACAAGGAGCUUCCUCGACCACCUUCAAGCAAUAACAAUGCUGAUGUCGGUGAUGCGAUUCGAAGAGGCGUGCUGGCCGUACAGGGAAUUGACUUCUGUGUCGACAUAAACGGCGAGAACCAUCACACAAGCAAGUUCCAUUUGAUGACAAGGAAAGUGGAUAGGUGUUUGGUUGUAAGACGAGGGCAGGCUUUCAAGCUUGAUUUGCUACUGAACAGACCGUACGACGCCAGUAAAGAUGCUAUAUCAUUUAUAUUCUACGUAUCAGAUGUAGAAACUAGAGGACCUUCACACGAGACGUCAGCGGCUGUACCUCUUUUGGAGAAAGGAUCAGAGACCGUUGGAACAUGGAGUGCUAUAUACGAGAGCCAGGUGGAUAAUCACUUGAUGGUUUCUGUGACACCUGCAUCGGAUUGCAUCGUAGCUUCAUGGAAAUUGGAGAUAGAUACUAAGCUUAGUGGAGGCAGCUCGCUCAGUUAUAGGCAUCCUUUGCCUAUUUAUGUGCUCUUUAAUGCUUGGUGCCUAACUGACAGCGUAUAUAUGCCUGGUCACAGUCAUCGUGAGGAGUAUGUGUUAGCAGACGGAGGACUCAUGUACAGAGGAGUUUAUAACAGGAUCAAGCCUAGUCCGUGGAACUACGCACAAUAUGAAAAAGAUAUUCUGGAUUGUGCACUGUACCUGGUCAGAAAAGUUGGCAAGGUCAAAGGCCGAGCUAGAAGUGACCCAAUUCGAACAACACGUGCCUUAUCUGCUGCAGUCAACGUGCAAGACGACAAUGGAGUAAUAUUUGGUAACUGGGCGUCUGACCCUCGGGAUUACAGCGGUGGAACACAUCCUCUUAAGUGGGUCGGGUCAUUGGCUAUACUUCAAACGUAUUACGAAAAGAAAAAGCCGGUGAAAUACGGACAAUGUUGGGUCUACGCUGGAGUGCUGACUACAAUAUGUAGAGCACUUGGUAUCCCCUGCCGACCGGUAACAGGGUACGAUGCAGCUCACGAUAGUGAAGGCAGCUUAACAGUCGACAUUAUCAAAGACGAUGAAGGCAACACACUCGAAGAAUUUUCAAACGACUCUGUAUGGAACUACCACGUCUGGAAUGAGGUAUGGAUGGAGCGUCCAGAUUUGGGUAGUGAAUACUCUGGUUGGCAGGCUCUGGACUCAACACCACAAGAAACUUCUGAAGAUAUGUAUAGAUGCGGGCCAGCUUCAUUGAGAGCUAUUCGAGAAGGAGACCUGCAAAGACCUUACGAUGCAGCAUACGUUUUUGCCCAAGUCAAUGCUGAUAAGGUGCUGUGGAAAUAUUCAGGUGAAAUUCAACCUCUUAAGCUGAUGGCACGUGACUCAGUUUCAAUCGGACAAAACAUCUCUACAAAAGCCGUUGGAAAGAUGGAGCGAGAGGAUCUCACACUCAUUUACAAAUACCCAGAGCGUUCAAGAGAGGAGCGUAUGACUAUGGAGAACGCAUUGCGUAAAUCGGAGAGUAUUUUCGCUCGGUACUACUUGAACGAUGCUUUCAAUGACGUCACCUUCGACUUUGAACUCCGAGACGACAUAAAGAUUGGGCAGGACUUUAGUGUGGUUCUUCAUAUUAAGAAUCGUUCAGUUGCCGAAUCGCAUCAAGUUAAGGGUAUUUUACGUGUAGAUACAGUAACGUACACUGGAGUGACUGGAGAUGGAGUGAAGAGAUCAGAAUUCAACAUGAAAAUCGGUCCUGGGGCCAAAGAAGAUGUCAAGAUGAUGGUGACUUUUGACGAGUACUAUAAGAAAUUAGUAGAUCAGGCUUCUUUCAACAUCACCUGUUUGGCCACAAUAGUUGAGACACAUUUCGAUUAUAUUGCACAAGAUGACUUCAGAGUAAGGAAUCCAGACAUCAAGAUCAGCAUAGAUGGCAAACCAGUAUCUCACCAAGAGUUCACGGUACACGUUAAGGUGGACAAUUCCCUACCAAUCCCAUUAACGAAGUGCAAGUUCUAUAUACAAGGAGCCGGGCUUGAAAAGCAGCUAAAAAUUCCGUUAAAUGAGAGUGUAGCACCGGGCGAAUUCGCGACGGCACAGUUUAACCUUACACCACCCUGGGCUGGCAAACACCAGAUUACAGCAAAGUUUACUUCCAAGGAGAUGCGCGAUAUUGAUGGGUUCCUAUCGUUUAUGGUUGCCAUGCCUUCUGGAGCUAAUGGUACUAAUUAG